GCAUUCUAAUGAGGCUCACCUGGGUAUAUAUGGACUUAAGCCCGCAACUUCGUUGCUUUUUCCGAGAUAUCUCUCCGCUAUACAGAUUUCAAGAUGACGUCCAUGAUGAAAAAGUUAUUGUUUUCCUUAUUUUCGUUCCUGGCGCUUCUAACAUACGGAGCAGCUAAGUCUCCAAGGUUGGUCUGUUACUUUAGCAACUGGGCUAUCCAUCGUCCGGAUAUAGGUAGUUAUGGCAUCGAUGAUAUUCCUACUGAUAUGUGCACUCAUAUCAUUUACUCCUUCAUCGGCGUGAGCAAUGUUACCUGGGGAGUUCUCGUUCUCGACGAGGAAAUCGACGUUCAAAAAGGCGGCUUCAAUAAGUUCGUCGCUCUGAAAGAGAAACAGCCCAGUCUGAAGACCCAGGUCGCUAUUGGUGGCUGGGGCGAGGGUGGUAGAAAAUAUAGCCAAAUGGUUAGCGUGAAAGCCAGACGUGACGCACUAAUCAGCAGCAUCGUUGAUUUCAUGCACAAGUAUAAGUUUGAUGGUUUUGAUCUUGAUUGGGAAUAUCCGGCUGCUACCGAUAGAGGUGGUAGCUUCAACGACAAGAACAACUUUUUCUACUUCGUUGAGGAACUGAGAACCGCAUUCGACAAGGCUGGCAAAGGCUGGGAAAUCACGAUGGCAGUGCCGAUACCCAUGUUUCGACUCAACGAGGGGUACCAUGUGCCAGAAUUAUGCAAACUUGUCGAUGUCAUCCACGUUAUGACUUAUGAUCUCCGUGGCAAUUGGGGCGGAUUCGCUGAUGUUCAUAGCCCGCUCUACAGAAGGCCUCACGACCAGUACGCCUACGAGAAACUGAACGUGCACGAUGGUCUUCAACUCUGGGAGGACAAAGGCUGUCCCGCCAGUAAACUUGUCGUAGGAAUUCCGUUGUAUGGACGUAGCUUCACCCUCAGCCAAGGCAACAAUAACUUCAAACCUGGUACUUACAUCAACAAGGAAGCCGGUGGUGGCGAACCCGGCAAUUACACUGACGCUCAAGGAUUCAUAUCUUAUUACGAGAUCUGUAUGGAACUUCAACAACCGAAUCAAAACGGGUGGACCAAAGACUACGAUGAUGUGGGUAAAGUACCUUAUAUGUAUAAAGCAGGAGGAAAAAGUCCUCAAUGGGUUGGCUACGAGGAUGCGGAUAGUAUUGUCCACAAGGUCAAUUUCAUCAAGGAGAACAAAUAUCUUGGUGCCAUGGUCUGGGCUUGCGACAUGGACGACUUUAAAGGAGUCUGCGGUCCUACGAAUCCUCUCAUAACCACAAUCCACAAUGGUUUUAAGGGCUACACAGUAACAUCCAAAAGUUACAACACAACUCCUAGGCCCGAGUGGGACAGGCCACCCAGUACCCCAUCUUCGACUGGGGAAAAACCGAGACCCAUCUCGAAUCCCGAACCCAUCCCGAAUCCCGAACUUACUCCGAAUCCCGAACCCACCUCGAAUCCCGAACCCACCUCGAAUCCCGAAUCCACCUCGAAUCCCGACGUAACACCUCGUCCUACGCAGUCUACGUCGAAACCAGAUAAAAACGAAGUUGUUUGCAACGGCCAGAUAAUGAUUCCUGGCAAAGACUGUUCUGAGUAUUUUAUGUGCGUCCAUGGUAAACCGAUGAAAUCACGCUGUCCGACUGGUUUGAUUUUCCAUACCACUAAUCUCAUUUGUGACUGGCCAGAAAAUGCUGAUCGCAAAGAAUGCAAAAAGAUUUAAUCUGUCGAUGCCUUGGUCUACUACUAAUGUCAACUACUCAGCGUUUUAUCGAUCCAUUUCUCAAGUCUACGAGGGAAUUUAUUACGAUAAUUUCAUAUGAGAACAUUCGUUACGUGUUAAUAUUUGUUGUUGUGUGCGAGAGUGUGUGCGAUGCUAAUAUCGCUGUAAUAAAUCAUACGCAGUUAUUAAA